CAGAAAAUAUCCGGUUUUUUCGCCUCAAACUACUUCUCAGUUUCUAAAGCAUCGAGUUACACAUUUACACAUUGUCACCUUUAAGUCUUUUGAAAUGUUCAUUUAAAGAUAAUGCAUUUGUACAUGAUUCGUCUUGUAAUCUCACAGACAAAACAUUAAAGGAGUGACUCCAACAAAUAAAACUUUACAGAUUUUCCACUGACUUUCAAACGUCGUUUAAAAUGGGGAAUAUUUCAAUUGCAUUACUUGGUGUUGCAAUUAACGUGAUUCUAUUAAGUAUUUUCACACGUUCACAAGUAAUUUACAUGACCGAGGAACAGACAUAUCAGGAUCUCAAUGCUGAAAAUAAAAUUGUAGCCCUGGAACAUGUUUUGGAUAUUGCCAACGAAAAACUCAGAGAACUGGAAUCGAAAGUUGUGAAUUUAAAAUACUCGUAUUCCGAUUUACUUAAAUUAUUUGGAUCACAAGUAUCGCCGAACGAUGCUACCAUAGACGAAAUUUGUCGAAUUCACAGAGACCUUGUCGUUCCUCACCCAACAAUCUGCCGGCUUUAUUACAACUGCUCGGGAUCGAUUCUCUCUGAAUGCAGAUAUCCAUUUCUUUUCUCCAAGGAGUCAAGAGAAUGUAAAAAUUAUACCGAAGUUGAUUGUGGAAACCGGACUGUUUCAACCUGGGAAUGUCAGUAUGGCGCAUUCAGUUGCCGUCGCCAUUGUAUUCCAUGUUACAUUUUAUAUCCCAGCUGUGUAGGUAAAAAGGACGGAUAUUGGCCAAAUAUUGAAGGCUCUACAACUCCCUAUUACAUUGAAUGUCUAAAUGAACGUCGUAUUGCAACGCAGCAGUGUCAAAAAGACUCUUUAUGGGACAGCGCAUCUUACUUUUACAAUGGAACCUGUCGACCCACAUAUGCUGUUCCAGAAAGCGAAGGGGGCCUGUUGCCAUCCUGUUACAAUACACCAAAUGGUAAUUAUAGAUAUCCUGAAGGCAGAUGUGAUGCUUACUACAGGUGUGAAGGGGGGGAACUCACUCGCUGUCAAAUGUCCAGACACCUAUAUAUUUGAUGUCGCUUCUGGUAUAUGUAAACUGAACGGUAUUUGUACAUAGUAAAAUGUAACUUUGUCGACUUCUGAAACCUUCUUUAGAUUAAAGAAAAAAGCCUG